AUGAUUGACAAAUAUCAGGCCGAAGAAGGUGCCGAGCAGGAGGUUUCGUUCGACAACGACGCCUCGGCAGAAGCUCAAGAGAAGUACUUUCGUUGCAUCAUAUGCCGGUCGAAUGUGCACCGGUUACGAUAUGUUCGAUCCAAUCCAAUUGUGGUUUUGUGUAAGCCUGAAGCACCAUUCACCCUGAACGUUCUUCAUCGUGGAGUGUUUAACUCAUUGAGAUGUCCGAUCACUUCUUCGAGAUCGACGAUGUCGAGUUCGUUCCGUCUUGGAUGA